GUUUACUAGGCGUGCAUGAAGGCACUGUGUGACCUUUGUGUUGUGAGCAGAGUCCGUCCUCUGUUAAAAGCCCAGGGCGCCUCCUCCGGACGCUCAGAGAGCUCUUUCAGGAUGAGGCUUGUAGCUCUUCUCCUCCUGCUCCGCCUGUCCCACUCUGCAGCAGCAGCAGACGGUGAGGCGACGGAGGUGAAGGAGGCCAGUGCCAAACAGCUGAGCGUCCAGCCUGAUGUCUGGACGGAGGUGAGGGAGCUCAGAGACCUGGUGGUGGAGCAGAGAGCGCAGCUGAAUGUCCUGAACACCAGACUGACGUCCACAGAGAGCGAGCUGCAGCAGCUGAGAGGAGAGCUGCAGACACUCAGGACGAGCACAGAGAGCCGAAAGGUGGCGUUCACUGCUGCUCUGACAGAUUCAGGACUGCUGGGACCCUUCAACACCGACACCACGAUCGUCUACUCCAACGUCUUCACCAACGUCGGCCAGGCCUACAACCCCUUCACAGGUAUCUUCACAGCCCCCGUCAAAGGAGUCUACUACUUCAGAUUCACCGGCAUGGAUUACCGCUCCGAGGUGCACAUGGGUGUGGCUUUAUAUAAGAACGGUCAGAAACUUAUGCUGACCUAUGAAAUCAACGUUAAUAAUGGAUAUUUUGAACACAUGUCCAACGGAGUGACGCUGGAGCUGGAGAAAGGCGACGUCGUCUACCUGCGUCUCCCUGCGAACAAAGGACUGUACGACAACAGCGAGAGCCACAACACGUUCAGCGGCUUCCUGCUUUUCACUCUGUAACUAACCAAUAAUGACAAGUUGAUGUCUUAGCGGAGGAAGUGGCAGACUGAUAUCACAUGCCUUGAAAGCCUGUAUGCGUUUGUCCACAUCCAAAGUCAUUUUUUGGUCAUGCUUGUGUGACAUUGCAGAAGGCUUUUACCACUUCAGUCCUAAAGCUGUUAAGACGUUUCCCUUUGUGUGAGACAUUCAUGGUCCGCAGAGGACGAAUACAAAUGCUGAUCUUCUGACUUGCAUUUAGCACCACACGCAGGUUAAAGCUUUCAUGUUUCCUGUGAAAUAUCUCAACAUCGACUUCUUAAAGCAGCUUUAAGAAGAAUCCUGUAGCUAAAACUAACGAUGCUAAUGGCUGAGGGGCCCGACACUCCACCGAGCGGCUGCAUCAAGCGAAGCGUUGAACUCAGCGGUGGAAAGGAAAGAAGUACAUUUACUCAAGUACAAUUUUGAGGUACUUGUACUUUACUUGAGUAUUUCCAUUUUCUGAUACUUGAUACUUCUACUACGCUACAUUAAUUUAAUAACGUUUAAUUACUUUGCAGAUUCAGAUUAAUAAUACAAAAUAUAAUCAACAAAUAAAUGAUGGUGUAUUAUUUUAGGUAGAGAUUAAACUUUAUUGAUCCCUUGGUGAAAUGGAGAAGCUACCCAGCAGCGUAUGAAGUAGUUCAGAUUAGCCCCACCUUUACCAGCCGCACCCUUAAAGUACUGUCCAUAAUAAUGCACCAAUAAUUAUAGGUUAUAAUUCAAUGAUAUAUAUAUAUUUUUCUGAAAUGGGCCAUUCUGCAUGAGUACUUUUACUUUUUGUACUUUAAGUAUAUUAAGAUUUUUUAUAUUUUGUCCUUUUACUUAACUUGAAUUUUGAAUGCAGGACUUUUACUUGUACCAGAGUAGUUCUACAUUACAGUAUUGCUACGUUUACUUAAAUAAAAGAUCCGAGUACUUCCAUCACUAGGUAUAUUAUAUUAUAUUAUAUUAUAUUAUAUUAGUGUACAUGGUGAUAGUCAAGCUGUCCCGUAAGUAAAUAAUAAAUGAAUCAGACACAGUGUCCAUUGAUUGUUCCCUUUUAAUAAAGUAAUGAUGAAAAGUAAA